CAAUGAAUGAAGGAGACGGAUGACAAUUCUGAUGCUUCCUGAUGAUGUGGUAUUAAACUGCUUAGCCCGCGUCUCAAGAUUGUACUACCCAACUCUCUCCUUGGUCUCUAAGAAAUUCCGUUCUCUCCUUUCUUCAAAGGAGCUUUACCAGACCCGAACCCUCUUAGGCCGCACCGAGAGUUUUCUUUAUGUGUUCUUACGGCACGCUUCCCCUUCCAACUCUAACCCACAACGUUAGUUCACUCUCAGCCGGAGACCAAAUAGUUCAAAAAGGAUUUUGGUCCCGAUUUCAUCUCCUAAUUUUCCAUCUGCACGAUGGUCAAAAGUUGCGGCGGUUGGUCCUAAUAUCUACUCCAUCGGCGGAUUGGAACAUAACAUGUCAAGUAAGGCUUCGUCUAACGUCAUGGCCAUGGACUGUCGUUCUCACACAUGGUGUGAGGCCCCAAGCAUGCAUGUGGCCCGUGAAUUCCAUUCUGUUUGCGCCUUUGAUGGGAAAAUAUAUGUAACGGGAGCAAACGAAAAUCUUGAUUCAACGAAUUGGAUGGGUGUUUUUGAUACAAACACCAGAACUUGGGAGUAUUUACAGAUCCCUGGCAAGGAGCUAUGCAGAGCCUCUCAGUUAGAAAGCGUAUGGUAUGAAGGAACCUUGUAUGUGAGGUCCGAGAAAAAGAAUGUAACUUACAAGCUGCAUAAAGGUAGAUGGAGAAAGGUAGAUUAUGCUAUGAAUUAUGGAUGGGGUCGCUCAUCAUCUUAUUGUGUGAUAGAGAACGUGUUUUACCAUAAUUUUGGUACUACGAUAUAUUGGUUUGACUCCCAAAAAAGAUCAUGGAAAAUUCUGAAGGGUUUGGAAAGUUUGUGUAAGUCUCUUUGCAAUAAAAGCGCCAAGUACUUGGUGGAUUAUGGUGGGAAAAUUGCGGUUUUGUGGCAAGAUUAUGUGUCUCUCAAGUUCCCUAGAGAGACAUCGAUUUGGUGUGCGGAAAUUGCGAUUGAAAAACGCGAAAACGGCGAGAUUUGGGGGAUGCUAGAGUGGGUUGACAUUGUCUUUACAACCGAUAAUCCAUCUAAUUUAGUGCAUGCUCUUACUACUACCGUUUGAUGAAUAUGAGUCAUG